UACUAAAAUAAGCAUAAUAGAAGCAGCCAUCACUGCAAGGCGGAUACUGGGGUUCCCAAGUGUUUUUCGUGUUAUUUCGUUGAGGCUUUCGCCUACAGCAUGGGGUUUGAAGUGUGCGGACCAAACGAGGUUAUGGUAGUAUCAGGAUGCUGCCAUUCUCAGUCCAUAUUCAUUCCUGGAGGUCGCGUUUUCGUAUGGCCUGGUAUUCAGAAACUGCAGCGACUGUCCCUGAACACUAUGACGCUGACUAUCGAAAGUCCAAACGUGUACACCCAGAUGGGAGUGGCUAUUUCCGUGACGGGCAUCGCACAGGUGAAGAUCCAGGGCGGCAACGAUAAACUGCUGCAAGCGGCCUGCGAGCUCUUCCUGGGCAAGUCGGAGCGGGAGAUCCGCAAAGUGGCCCAGGAGACGCUGGAGGGCCACCAGAGGGCCAUCAUGGGCAACAUGACGGUGGAGGAAAUCUACAAAGAUCGUAAGAAGUUCUCCAAGGCCGUGUUUGAGGUGGCCUCGUCCGACCUGGUCAAUAUGGGCAUCUACGUGGUCAGCUACACCCUCAAGGACAUCAGAGACGAAGAGCUGUACCUGAAAUCACUGGGCAUGGCGCGGACAGCUCAGGUGAAGAGAGAUGCAAGGAUAGGCGAAGCAGAGGCUCAGAAAGACUCGGGGAUUAAGGAAGCGUUGGCUGAGGAGAAGCGCAUGCAGUCUCGGUACGCCAACGACAUCGAGAUCGCCAAGUCUCAGCGAGACUUUGAGCUGAAGAAGGCCGCCUACGACAUGGAGGUCCAGACCAAGAAGGCUCAGGCUGAUCUGGCUUACAACCUGCAGAAUGAGGGUGAUCAUGGAGGCUGAGGCCGAGGCUGAGUCUGUCAAGGUGAAGGGAGAGGCUGAGGCGUACGCCAUCGAGGCCCGCGCCAACGCCGAGGCUGAGCAGAUGGCCAAGAAGGCUGACGCAUGGAAGGACUACCAGGACGCCGCCAUGAUCGACAUGGUGCUGGAGACUCUGCCCAAGGUUGCGGCUGAGAUCUCGGCUCCUCUGACCAACGUCAAGAAGGUGACCAUGGUGUCCAGCGGCAAGGGAGACGUGGGUGCCCUCAAACUGACCAAUGAGGUGAUGGGCAUCAUGGAGAAGCUGCCCAGCGUGGUGGAGAACUUGACCGGCAUCGACAUCGCUAAGUCCAUGAAGACGGCCUCAAGAGCAAAAUAAGAAGCAACAGAUUGUUCUGGGAGCGUGCUGCUUUGACGAACGGAUGGUGGACAACGUCAUCCCUCGUGGACACAAGAUUUCCACACACACAAACCAAAAAUGUCAGUCAGGAAUGCACCCAGCAUAUAUUUCCCCUCAUGGACCCAACAUUUGUCACCUCGUCAUAUUUGCUCUCGUGGACAAGCUAGCACAAAGAAUCUCGCAGACUUUUGGCAGGGAUAGUAUCCGGACAAGAAGCUUUGAUGUAGAUGUAUAAAAUUACCGUUGCAGAUUUUUCGCUCCGUUACAAACUGGAGAACGUGCUUGGAUGAAUGUAGAUACCUAUAACAUUUCCGAUUUUCCUACACAAAUGUCCAUGAUAUUUAUUUCCUAUAGAAAGAAUAUUUUGCUUGAAUAGCCACGAUAAAGGAACAAGGAUUUUUUGCUAAUGUGACCUUGAUAAAUUUUUGGUGUAUUCAUAUUGUACAUAACAUUCUAGCAUGCUUUGUGUAAAUAUAACACUGAGUUAUUCGCGCAUACCGUUUCAGUUUUGUAUGCUGAUUCCCUCCCUUAGUUGCUCAAAAUUUACCUCUGUCGAAAGAAACAGUAGCUAAGAACUGAGAAAUGUCGAAACUUAUUAUUUUUUUUACAAGUGUUGUGUCAUAUAUUUAUUUGGAGGCUGUUAUUGUUUAUUUUAGCCACACAGAAGUGAAAGUUUCCUUUGACCAUUCAGAGUCGCCCCCAUAAAUCGUUUUAUUCCUAGCCAUUACUUUCCUUUGUGAGUUUGAGAUAGGGCUGUUUGUUCGUUUUGCCAACAACAGACGGCUACGAUAUUAACUAGCUCAGGUAUUGGAACUUUUAGUUGCAGGGGAACUGAGAUGGUUGAGAAAGCCUCAGAUAUUCUGUCUGUUGACGACGACAACCCCCCCCCCCCCGACAUUGGUUCAACCCACUGGGCUCAAGAUGUUCCUUUCUCCAAGCGUCAUUUCGUUCUUGUCAACGUCAUUUCUCUUAGCGUGACAGACAUUUGUGUGGCAUCCUGGUGGAAUAGGACGCUCGGCUAAACAAUACAAUGGUAGAUACCAAUAUUUUUCCCCGCUGUUGGAUAAUUUUUAUCCUGAAAAUUGUUUUAAAAAUUGGCGUAACUCCCUUUAUGUUCAUCUUUAAGAAAACAUUUCUGUAUGGAUUUUAGUGAAAAGCCACCGCUCAAGCUUUGGAAAUGACCAGACUUUGCAGCCAUUUUCUCACUAGUUUUACCCCGGAGAAAAGGCGACUCCCCAGCUUGCUCAAUCACAUAAAUCGUGACUUCUGUUCAAAAUCGUCAAAAACAAGGCCAAUGAAUUAUAAGCUUUUGGACGCUAACAAUACCUUCCUAUGUCCCCCAAAAUUGCCGAGCGCCCGAUUUCACCGCGUCGUGACAGACAUUUUGUUUCCAGGCAGCUCAAUGCUCACCAGGUCAAAGGGCACACAAGAGCCUGUGAGCAAGCAGCAUUCAUUUAUUUCUGCCGGGUUCCACCCUCAUAGUUUUGACACUUUGUCGUUGUUCCAGCUAUUGAAAGGCUUUCCUUACACAAGUACUAACAGGAUUGUUCAAAGUGCUGCUUUAUUGGCCUUAAAGACUUGUUCAAAAAGUGAAUUAUUUUAAGUGGUCGUGUUGUAGAGACGGAGGGAGGACAGUUGUUGUUGUUGUACAUUUCAGUUUGCUUUCGUUGUUUGACGACGCAGUCAGCAGAGGAAAUGUCGGCACGUGUCACGCGUUGUGUUAUUGUGUCGGUCGUCACUCGCGAGGGAAUCCUCCGCGUCCGCUGUUGUGAUUUUUGUUUGUUUGUUGGUUGGUUGGUUGGUAGAAACCGUGAUGUUAUCUCGUGAUCUGGCUGUAGAAUUUUGUUGUGAACUCACCAAGUUGAAGUGCUCAGUUAUAUUAUUGUGGAUUGUUUUGUUUUUUUGUUGUUGUUUUUUGUGCCAGUUGGUUCUUUGUUGUUGUUGCUUCUGACCAUGAUGCAACGAUGUUUUGUUGUUGUUGCUUCUGACCAUGAUGCAACGAUGUUUUGUUGAAAAGCUCAUUUUAUGUCCCUCAUGCAAUGUCCACGCAUUGACCUCUUUACAUUCUAAUUCUAGAUGAGCACGGGGGACAGCGCAGAGUCACGCAGUCGCUCGUACAUUUAUCUGUUCUUUCCAUCCGUCGGUUUUCUUUUUUCUUCUCUCCCCCCCUCCUUUCAGUCCGUGUCUCCCUCCUUUAGUCUUAUGUUUCUAACGCAAUAUUGUCUCUGUGUUCUCCAUGUGCGUCUGGGUCUGCGUGUCUCGUUCUGUUUUUUCUUAAAACUUUUUUGUUUUCUCACUGGCAGAGGGGGAACUACCGGGGUCGUCUUCCUAGCCAAACAAAAGUUGUUUUCCCUUCAGGCGGCAUGAGUGGGCGGAAAUUGGCACAGAAAUUUUAGACGUGUCAGUCAAAUAAUACAUGCCACUUCUUCUCCCUGUGUGAAGGAAGUAAGCUCAGACUGAUCUAUCGAUCUUACCGUAUUCAGUUGCGAGCGCCGUAAAACCCUCUACUAUAAGAAAAAAUAAAAAAUUCCAUCAAGUCCAAAGAAAUGGAGAUGUGUUGUUUGAUGUCUUGUGGCGUAAUGAGCAUUCUCCUGGGUGCGGUUAGGAAAACGAUCCCGUCCUGUUUUAUAUAACACACACGCAGCAACUUACUUAAGUCUUGCCUUGUAUUCUAUCGCAUGCUUUUUAUCAUUUGUAAUAUUUUAAUUAAAAAAAAAAUUUUUUUUGCAUAAUAAAUCUGCCAUGUCAUAGUC